UUUAGUGUUACAAUCUAUGGCAGUAUAUAUACUCGUAUAUACUACAUUGACUACAUAUCAAAACAUACGACGAUAAAACAAUUUCGCAAAUAUAUUAAUCAGGUGAAUACGCAACUUUUCCGCGAACACCUGACAUAUGUGAAAAGAAGGUACGACACAGUGUCAUCAAAUAUUGCAAAAUUAGCAUUUUUAUUGCAAUCUUAUUACGAGGAUAGGAUGUCUACAUCCAGUAACUGGAAAUGACAUAUUACACAUGUAUAAACAUGAUGAUUGUGUAAAUAAUUUUCACACAAUUUUUUCAAAUUUUUAUUUUGAGAAAAUUAUUUAAUACCCAAAAUGCCACAAGGAGAUGGUGCUGCUGUUGCAGUGCCAAAUAAUCAAAACGGUGCAGUGAUACAUAAUCUUCAUAGUCUUGCUGGUGUAAUAGGACCAGUUUUAAAUAACAAUAAUAUGAAUAUAGCUAGAAAUAACAAUAAUCAAAACCCAUUGAUUAAUGUGCGGGAUAGGUUGUUUCAUGCGUUAUUUAUCAAAGCAGCACUAGCUUAUGCACGAACAUUUCCAAGGCCUGUCAGGAGAUUCAUAGAAUUUAUAGUUCUGUUGAAGGCUAUAUUGGCAUUUUUUGUAUUGGCUUAUAUUCAUAUAGUAUUUUCACGUGCUCCCACUAACUGCUUAGAACAUAUAAGAGAUGAAUGGCCGCGGGACGGUAUAUUGAGAGUUGAAAUUCUCAGGAAUGGUGGUGAGGAUUAUAGUAUAGAGAAAAGUUAUGCCAAAGAGGAAAGAUUAAGGCAAGAGAAAGUUGAUGAUUUAACUAACGCUUUGGGAAUAUUAACUAGAGAUGGAUUUAUAAAUAUUGAACCAUCGGCUGUUGAUGAAGAACGGGACACUGUAAAUCCUUCCAAUGAAGAAAAUCACGAGAAUUUAACAUUAAAGGAACAAGAUAUAAUGGGAAAUGUCAUAGUUUCUGGAGAGACACAAAAUCCUGAUCUAAGCACAACAAAUACAACGAUGAACUCGCCAUUAUCAACUAAGUUUUGGAAUGGUUUAAACAUAGCUGAAAAAACAUUAUCUACAAGUGCAGAAGGUAAUUCUACGGAAGUACCUGAAAUCAAUCAGUCAAAUGGAGAGAAUGUUGUACAGUUGAAAGAUCGUACGUCGGAUGUUGACAAAAUGGCGAGAACAGAAGAUGGAUAUAUCGUGGAAUAUUCAUUGGAAUAUGGUUUCUUGCGAUUGUCACCGGCAGCCCGACAAAGAUUAAACAUUCCAGUCAAAAUUGUCACUUUGGAUCCAUUGACUGACAAAUGUUUCGGUGAUGCAUUUUCAAGAUUGAUAUUGGAUGAAUUUUUGGGAUAUGAUGAUUUGUUGAUGGCAAGCAUCAAAACACUAGCAGAACAUGAAGACAACAAAGGCUUCCUGAGGAAUGUAGUGACAGGAGAACAUUACCGAUUUGUGAGCAUGUGGAUGGCGCGAUCAUCAUAUCUAGCCGCAUUUUUCGUCAUGCUCGUGUUUACGGUAUCGAUUUCGAUGUUACUGCGCUACUCACAUCACCAGAUCUUCGUCUUUAUUGUUGAUCUCAUACAAAUGCUGGAGUUUAACUUAACUGUGUCUUUGCCAGCUGCUUCACUGUUAACAGUAAUUUUGGCGUUAGUCGGAAUGGAAGCACUUAUGUCUGAAUUUUUCAAUGAUACAACUACUGCGUUUUACAUAAUCCUGAUAGUAUGGCUUGCUGACCAAUAUGAUGCUAUCUGCUGUCACACAGCUCUUACGAAGAGACACUGGCUAAGAUUUUUCUACUUGUAUCACUUCUCUUUCUACGCGUACCACUAUCGAUUUAACGGACAGUACAGCAGUUUGGCGCUUGUUACAUCAUGGCUCUUUAUACAACACUCAAUGUUGUACUUCUUUCAUCACUACGAGCUACCAGUGAUUCUGCAACAGGCGCAGUUGCAGCAAAUUCUAUUUCGCAAUCACGCUCAGCCUCCGGCGCAACCGACGACGCCCAGCACAGUCCCGACCACCCCGGGUCCGGGAUCAUCGCCGUCGACGACGACGCCGUCGUCGUCUUCUCCAAGUUCGAACUCGCUUACGUCGCUUACGACGGAACAGACGCAGCAAAACUACAUCACCGAACUCUCUCAGCUCGAUUUGGAGCCUAACGGUACAGAGGAACGAUACGGAAAUGUCAAUGCCGAGCAAACGUCUUCUGCGACGGCCACGAGUCAUCAGCGAAAUGAUUCUGUUCAAGAGGACGCGACUACAUCAACUUCGACCGUGACAGCGGAAGCGAUUCCUUCAGCUUCCGGAGCUACGAGUUUAUCCACCGAUAUUUCGUCCUCCGAAGACUUCGAAGUCAUCGAGGCUGCCGAAGCAAUGCGCAAGGAAGCGAUGUCCACGAAGGACAAGAAGGAACGUUAGACUUUAGUGUUGUGCUAGGUGCAUGAUAUUUGAAAGGUAAGAACCAUCAUUUCUACAUAACAUUAUUGAAGGGUUUCGACAGAGGUGGCGUUAUCCUGUCAUGAAUUAAACUUAAUUGUAAAACAAUGUACUACGUUUAUGUAAGAAUGAACAAACUUUGUUCAAUGCUCGUUUUCAAGGAUGAGGAUGAAGUUAAAGGUUUUUUUAAGCGUGUCAUGGGUAUGUUGCGCUAUUAAGUCAGAACCAAUGAACGCAAGAGCAAAGAUUUAUACAGCGAUGCGUAAAAGUGCAAUAAAUUUUCAUUGGAAAUAAUAUUGAUUAUGGGGGAUGAGGGAUCGGGAUUUAAUACAAUUACACAAUUUGAUGUUAGAUUCGUUAGGAACCCAGUGUAAUAGCAAAGUUAGUUGUCGUAAAUGUAGCUUGAGGAAUAAUAAGAUAUAAUGUUUUAAUCUGCAGCAUGUUGAAAAUAUUAAUAUAUAUUCAAUGUUAAAUAUUUGUUUC